UUUUCCGUGGCGAGUAGUGGGACGGCUCUGACGAGAAUUUCUACUUGGUGUAGCGAGCAGCAGAGCCUAGUUGAUUUCUUCUCGCGACCAAGUUACGAACGAAUGGCAUGACACGCUACGCUAUGCGCCUAAAUAACAUCAGGACAGCACGCUGUAACUAAGUGAAAAUAUUAUUACAUAUAGCAGGCAGGACGCGCCGUUCCAUGAGAGCUUAGCUCUGGCAUAAAAACAGAGGCAGACGCGUUUGGACGGCUUUCGCUUGAUUUUCCCAAUCUCUUCGCCGGGAAAAUUAUGUGUGAAUAUCGCAGGCCGCUGACGACGAUACGUCCGGGCAAUUGAAGAGCGGGCGAUGAUGAUGACUGCCCAGUUUAAUAUUAUCUACUGUUUGCUUGGUUCGGUGUGAUUGAUUUCAAAUAAUUUUAAUAUAUUUAUUUUGUGUGAAAGUUAAUUCAUCAUUCAGUUUCAUCAUAUUAACAACAUCAAGACGUCUCAAAAUAAAAGUGCUGGAUGUGCUCAUCAGGUUCAAUCAUAAUGCCGGCUGAUUACGAAAUGUUGGUUUCUCAUAGUCCCCCCGUGUACACGCGUUUCCUGACGGACCAUCACUUCCACAUGGGUUACGACAGCUACCCCCGUUUUACUCAAGGGAAUUGCCGAAGUUUGAGUGCAAAUUCGAUACCGAUAACGAGCUUAAAAGAGCGAGAGCCGAGUCCGCCUCCAUCGUCGUCGUCGACCAGCAGGAGACCGUGUCUCGUAACUCGCAAUCAGAAGUCGAAAAGCUCCAACGAACUGACGGCGUACGGUAAAAAAAAGGUCGUUUUCGCGGACGACCGAGGAAUGUCUUUGACCCAUGUUAGAAUCAUGAACGAACCGUCGAAUGUACCGCCGCUAUUGAGUUCCAAGUUUCUCGCGGAAGUGACCAAAGGGCUCACGGCCGAACCGGAAGCUAAAACGGAACCGUGGGAGGUGACAUUUCAACAACCUGCAUCUGAUUAUGUAGGCUUUCGCGCGAAGUUAGACGAGAACAAAGUGUCCUUAGAGAAUGUGAUCGUUAAAGAAUCGGAAGAUGUUGUGAUCGGUACGGUGAAAGUCAAGAACAUCUCGUUCGAAAAAGAAGUUCUUGUUCGGUACACGUUCGAUUCGUGGGAAACACAUCAGGAUGUUUAUUGCACGUAUCAACCGAGCCAAUCCCAGGGGGCUACAAGUUCUGCAUACAUCCUCUACGACACCUUUACGUUCAAACUUACGUUACCGCCCAAAUCCAGAAAGAUCGAAUUCUGUAUAUGCUUCAGGGUGAAUGACGACGAAUAUUGGGACAAUAACGGUGGUAGGAACUACGUGAUCGCCAAAAAAAUGUGUCAUAUAACGGACUCGGAGUCGCUGAAAAUGCAGAAGAACAAAGCCCUGAAAUCGAUGGGUUGCGAAUUAAAGGUAACGCCAUGCGACAAAACAAAAAUGCUAAAUAUUUUGGUUAAACGACUCACUGCUGCAGGUGGUAGGUACUAAUUCUGCAACUACUACUACUACAACCCCUAAGUACUAGAUUACUACUGCGUCGACAAUACACUAUUCAAUCGAUAAAAGGUCGAUAAAUGAUUAUGAUGAUGAUGGUCUGAAAGAAUCUUCUGUGAUAAAUAUGAUAGUAGCUUUCUGCUGCUAAUAGUGCUUGACUGUCUCUUCUAGCAAUAAAAACGAAAAGACUGAUACUGAUGAUGAUUUGAAUGACUUUUUUACUAAGUGCAUUACGAAUACAUACGAGUGAGGUGUCUAAGUGUCUAAAUUCCAUAAACAUCUUGUAAUUGAUACAUGUCCCUUCAGUUACUAAAAUGCACCAAUAGAAUCCCACCCCAUGUUUUCUGUACGAUGUAACUGUUAUUGAGAUAUUUUUUAUUCUUAAAGAGCCACUGUCUAUGGAAUAAAACGUUAUUACUAUUAUAAUUACUAUUACUUACGAGAUAUUAGAAUGAUAUUUGGUUUAUUAUUAACGCCAGUUGCAAUAUAAAAAUACAAUACAUAUAAGACUGUAGUAAGAGUACCUAACGGUUGCUGAAAUGAAAAUCUUAACUGUAAGACUGAAAAUAAAACAUUUAAUAAAGGUACAGUCGUGUCCCCAGCAAGUGUCUUAAAAGUUAUGCGUGAGGUUGCGUAAUCAUUACUCUAGAGUCAUGUUUUUGAAGCUACUUUUUUUAAAGGCGCAUAAUAUUGAGGAGGAUGUAGUUAAACAAGAAAAAUGGUUGUGACUAAAUAUAUUUCAAGAUUUCCUGGAUGAAAAUCACUAAAUUGAGAUUUUCACUAAUCUGAAUUUAAUUUUAUUUAUUAUAAGAUUGACAUUGAUGGAAUCGUCUCUAAAUUUUCACUAAGUUGUAAUUAAGUAAUUAUUUUGAAUCAAUCGAAACCAAAAGACUGAUGAUGAUAUCGAAUCGAAUAUGCACGAAACGUUUGUAUUCCAAUCUUCGGAAUACUGUGUUAUUUUUAUUAUUUUUCUUAUAUUAAGAAAUAUUUUUAUAACAAUUUCAAUGGACCGUUCCUGACGUCGCGGUGUGUCAAUUCUUAUAAUAAAAAUAAUUAUUUUUGUUUUAUCAAUUCUUCAGUUGUUUUUAAUUAACUAAUUGUACGCGUGGUUAAUCAUCACUGGUAGCUUUGAAUAAAUAGAUUUGGUAGGUACCAUGCCCAAUGUUAAUUAUUAUUAUUUUCAGUCCUAAUGUGAUUUUCUUUUGACGCUGUGAAACAAUCGAAAUAUUAAUACUGCUAUCUACAUGUAAAAAAAAAAACGAUAUUGUACUUCUGAAUGAAUUUAUCUAUAACAAACAAAUGUAGUAAUUCUAUUUUAUAGAUAUAUAUGUAUACAUACACCAGAUAAAUGCUUAAAACAAUGUAUAUAGAUACCUAUGUGUACAUAGAAGAGUCGUGGUGGUGCGCCCUAUUUUUGUGUUUGAAGAGAAACUUAUUUGAAAUUGUCUAGUCAAGAUAUGUUUGUUAUAUAUAUUUUUUUAUUUUACGAAUGAAAGAAAUAUGAUAUAUGUUAUAGUUAGGACCUUAAUAACGUAACUGUAAAUAUUUAUUCGAGUGAUGAGUUGAAAAUAUGUUACAGAAAAAGGGCACACUUGGUGUUUAUUACUCUAAUUUUUACUUACUUACUUAAUUAAUUAGUUAAAGGCAGUGGCUCCAAAACGAUAAUUUGUUGAGAUUAACGAUUUAAUGUUAAAUGUUUUUUUGUUCCUUUAAAAAGAGAGAGGGAGAGAAAAGUAGAGCAAGAGAGAAAAAUGUAUAUUCAACAAACUGAGAAUUUGUUGAAUGCUGUACCUUAUUUGCCAUGUAAUGUAAUUCUUGUGUCAUACAAUAUUGUAUACUUUCAUUGUUUAUUUGUUGCUUGUCAUAAUACGUUUAUAUUGAAGAUGUUUAUAUUUUAUUAUAAUGAAGCUUGCCACCUGUGUAAUUAACUUUUGAUCGAUUGGGCAGGUAGCCAAAUCAGCUUCAAAAGUCAUUAAAGUUCCUAGAUGUUAGAUUACUAAAAACAAUACAAAAAAAAUGUCAAAUAUCAAUUGUUUUAAACAAACAGAUUUUACAAAUGCGAUUAUUUUAUAAAU